AAAAAUUGGCCGACCGAAGAGCCGCUGAAAAUCACUUUGCCCAGUUUUUCGCCCAUAAACCACAGAAGUCCUACACCGAUGGAAUUAUGAAUCUACCCGAAAAAGGGCAGAAGGUCGGAGAUAGCAAUAGCCAAUAAACUCAAUUUUUGUACUGUUGAAGUGCGCUCAAGCUCAAUAAAUUGCAAAUUGUGUUAAAAAAUGUACCCCAAAAUCCGCGGAGACUUUUCAUAUGUCCCAAUUUGUACAAUAGUAUUUUUUUGUUUUCCUCGGGUGCCCGUAGUCAUGUCUUGCUUGCUCAAGCCUCAUUAUCUUGCUUUGCCUUUUGUUUCUUGCCCCACAACACUAUAUACAUAUGUGUAUGUAUGUAUGUCAGCACACAUGAGAGCAAAAAAUGUUCUCAACGCACUCAUUUCGCUCACUACAGCCGGAUACAUCACCGCCAUCACCAGCGCCAUCAACUCACCACCACAAACUGGGCCACUAUACUGCGCCACCCGCCGCCUCCUAAAAUUCGUUAUGAAUUUGCUUGGAGCACAACAAGCAAAAGCACAACAUUGCCUCUAAAAUCGACUUGGGUGUUGACGUUUUCCUCAGUCGACUCUUUGUGGACGCACGCAUCACCGAACACGCUACAUGACUUUGUUGGCUGUUGGGCAACAACAAUAUGUAUACAUUUAAUGGCAAUCGUUUCACAGCAGCUAUCGCUCCGGAACGGAAUGGUGGCAACGCGUCACUUGUACUAUUUCCUUGCAGUUGCUCGUAUUAUCGGUGCGAGCGAAUGAACAAGGCAGCCAACGAGGCAGUUCAGCCGUCGAGCAGGCAAGCAGCGCGAACCAGUCAUUUUUUCGAUGCAAGAGGCAAUGGACGGUCGAAUCGGAUUAGUGAGUCUGUGCGUACGGAUGCGUUCGCUAUAGGAAAAAAGAAAAUUGUGGUGUGAUAUGUGUUUGCUUUUCUGCUCGGUUUCGACUUUUUUUCCUCAUAUGAAUCGUGAUCGUUCGUUCGUUAAUUAUUGAUUUCUUCGGGAGCUCUUGAAAAAGAAAAUACAAAGAAUUAAAGGCGAAUAGCAAAUAGAUUGCGACAGAAAGUAUAUCAGCGCAAACAUCGUUCCAGUAAAAUUUUGUUGUUCUGCUGGUCACUGCCGCAGUCCCAGUUGUACUCUUAUGUGUAUGCGCUUAUAUUUGUGCGUUCAAACACAGCCACUUGGUGGUUCGUAAAUCAACGUUUUUGUUUGUUGGCUUGGGCAAGCAAUAAAUGUAUUUGCUCAAAUAUUAAUACAUAAAAAUUUAAGUUAAGAAAAUAAAAUUAACUAAAUCUUAAUUUAAUAUAUAAAAAUACACGAUUAUUAUUGUGAUCGUGAAAAAUUUUAGUGGUGAAGUGAAAACUAUACGUCAGAAAGUUGUAUGGUAUUAGCACCAACAACAACAAUUGCUGUAAUUUCGUUUAACACCCGGGGCAACACCUGUCUUAAGAAAAUGGAGAAUCUGCAGAAUUUCGCACGUACGCCGCAAUUUCUGCGCAAAGUCAUCUCCGAAGCGAGAAGGCGGAUCAUUUGUUGAUACUUGUCGUGGAAGAUGUCCAACAGCUGUUUGGAAACAACUUCGACUUACACACAGCUAACAAGCAAUCAGCAUUGUGCCGCACGGUCCUGCCCGGGAGGUAGUGCUUGCAGUGGAACUGCAGGCGGUGGUAGCAACAUAAUGAGCUUUGCCUGGUUUCGUUUUCAACGCAUCUAUAAAUUGUUGCUUCUUGUAUUGCUGCUGCUUCUACUUUGGCCACUAUUCGCUCAACGCAACUUGCGAAAUCCUGCCAACGAUGUGCCCACUUCAGAUGUCCAUCGCAGCCGACCGCUGCUAAAUGCUUACGAGGACUUUAGUUCGAUGCGUGCCAGCGACUUGAAAAUGCGUAUAGAAGAGAUGUUGCGCAUAAAAAGUACUGUUUCGGUGGAAUUGCGUGAAUUGGAGUCGCGCCGACAAAAAUUGCAAGCGGAUAUAGGCGGAUACAACCAAAAAAUUGAGGACUUGAAGCAAAAUUUAAUGCGUGAACAGACCGAGCUGGAACGUUUGAAAAUCUCUGUACAGCAAGCGCAAGUGGCCCAACGUGAAGCCGUCCAACGCAACACACCCGAUUUAGCUCUGCCUCGUACUUUAUAUCCCUAUGUGUUGCCGCGCAAAAUGCCUGCAAUAACUGCAGCUGCAGCGUUGCCCUGCGAAAUGCACAAUUGCUUCGAUCACUCGCGCUGUAGUCUCACGUCUGGUUUUCCUGUGUACCUAUAUGAUCCAGACGCCUAUAGCGUGUUGCGUACUGGUUACGAUAUCGAUGGAUUCUUGAAGACCACGAUUAAACAAACUCUCGGCUACAAUGCACACAUUGUGCAGGAACCCAGAAUGGCUUGUAUAUUCCUGGUGCUCGUUGGCGAAGCUAUGUUGGAAAAUGAUUUACUGAAGAACAAUCGAUAUGCCGCUGAAGAGGAAGAACACAAAGCCGACGUGCAAUCACCUAAAAGUGAUGACCUGCCCAUUGACUUGGAUAAACUUUACCGGUUGCCGUACUGGGGUGGCGAUGGACGGAAUCACGUUUUACUAAACUUGGCGCGUCGUGAUUUGCAUUCUACGCGCACAAACGCUUUUAUCAAUCAAAACACAAUGCGUGCGAUAGUUGUGCAGUCCACAUUUGAAUUGCUACAAUUUCGUCCCAAUUAUGAUAUAGUUGUGCCACCAAUUUUGGGGCCACCUGGCGGGGAUGUCUGGCAGGAAUGUGCGCUGAUGGUGCCAGCGCGUCGCACAUAUCUGUUAACUUUUCAAGGCGAAUUACGCCCAGCUGACAAAACAGUGCAGUCGCAUCCGUUAGACGACUUUAUUUUAGAUCAUCUGGCGGAGAUGGCCAAAGGCGCCACUCAAGAUAAAUUCUUGUUGCAAUUCACAUGCAUGCCAGCCACGGAGCAAUCGGACAAAGCAGCUUUUGUGGAUUGGGCACUUUGCGGUACGGACUCUUCGCGCAAAUCCAUACUCAAAGAGUCGACAUUCGUGCUGAUUCUUCCGCCAUUGGAGAAAAGGAUAAGCUCUACACUGAUGUUAGCGCGCCUAUAUGAAGCGCUCAGGUCCGGCGCCAUACCUGUCAUACUCGGCGCUGACGAAGUUCGUCUGCCUUAUGCAGAAACUAUCGAUUGGCGGCGACUAGCACUACUGCUGCCUAAAGCGCGCAUUACCGAACUGCAUUUCCUGUUGCGUGCCGUGCAGGAUGCUGAUCUCUUGCAAAUGCGGCGUCAAGGUCGACUGAUUUGGGAGCGCUAUCUGAGUUCGGUGCAAGCUACGGUGGACACAAUCAUUGCCAGUUUGCGUGAUCGUCUUGGCAUACCACCGCGCCCAGUGUCACCGAUUGUCGCGCAAAGCGUGUUCAACAACACAUUUAUACCGCUCAAAUCGGAUCCCCCAGUUGGUUUAGAUACAGAACCGGAGGAAUCGUUGGGUCCCAUCGAACCACCGUAUCCUAGUCCUACAUACAGGCGUAAUUACACAAUUUUACGUACGCAAUCGAGUGAAGCUUGGAAUGAUUGGGUCGAUCCGUUUUACAUGUAUCCACAACUACCUUUUGACCCUGUACUACCCGCAGACGCUAAAUUCCUUGGAUCCCACAUGGGCUUUCGUCCGAUCGGCAAAGGCAGUGGUGGCGCUGGAAAAGAGUUCAGCGAAGCACUAGGCGGCAACUAUCCACGCGAACAAUUCACUAUCGUAAUACUUACGUACGAGCGUGAGCAGGUACUUAUGGAUUCUCUUGGCCGCCUCUAUGGCUUGCCAUAUUUGCACAAGGUCGUGGUAGUUUGGAAUUCACCAAAGCCACCGCUAGAUGACUUGCGUUGGCCCGACAUUGGUGUGCCAGUGGCUGUGGUACGCGCACCGCGCAACUCGCUGAAUAAUCGUUUCCUACCCUUCGACGUUAUCGAAACUGAGGCAGUGCUCUCGGUGGAUGACGAUGCACACUUGCGACACGAUGAGAUUUUAUUCGGUUUCAGAGUUUGGCGUGAGCAUCGCGAUCGUGUUGUAGGCUUCCCGGGGCGAUUUCUAGCCUGGGACUUGAACUCCAAUCGCAAUUGGAACUACAAUUCCAAUUACAGUUGCGAGCUGAGCAUGGUGCUGACGGGUGCUGCAUUCAUACACAAAUAUUAUAUGUAUUUGUACACAUACCACUUGCCACAGGCGAUACGAGACAAGGUGGAUGAGUAUAUGAACUGUGAGGAUAUUGCCAUGAAUUUCUUGGUCUCGCACAUAACACGUAAGCCGCCCGUAAAAGUGACGUCACGUUGGACUUUUCGCUGCCCCGGAUGUCCGGUGUCGCUCAGCGAGGACGACACACAUUUCCAAGAGCGCCAUAAAUGCAUCAAUUUCUUUGUGCAGGUUUUCGGCUACACACCACUAUUGAAUACACAAUACCGCGCCGAUUCAAUACUCUUUAAAACGCGAAUACCGCACGACAAGCAAAAAUGUUUCAAAUAUAUUUAAGCGCCGUUAUUACGAUAAGCGAUAUUAAAGUAUGUACAUCCAAGUACAUAUGUACAUAAUAUGUAUGUAUGUAUGUAGGCUUCUAGAAGCUAUUUUUUAUGCACUGAAUUUAAGCUAAGCAGCGCCCUACACUACGCUAACACUACAUUUACAAUGGUCAAGAUUUAUGUGUGUAGGUAGCCAUAUUUUGCUAAUAUAUAUGUAUACAGUUUUUGAAUUUAGUUCGUAAGCAUAAAGUUACAUUUUAUUUUGUAUUCUAGAAAAAUAGUUAUGUGCAGUUCUAUUCUUAAAUCUAACUAUUUUUUGCAUAUCACUUCAAAUUUAAUGAAAACCUAUUUUGCUCAUUUAAAUUUUUAAAUCAUUUUAAAAUCGAAGAUCCUUGCAGCUACAUGCUUCGCCUAAAUUUAACUAAAUUUAAAGUUUUAAUAUCGUUUUCUAAUAAGCGAGUGCAUUACUUUAACUACAAAUACGUAAUAAUGCAUAGUCUUCUUCUAAACGCAAAAGGCCGUAACUAAAAAAAAAAAAAAUCCAAAAUUCACAUUUU